AGCUCCAACCGAGCUGACGACCCGAGUUUAUUGAAAUUCUCUCAUAUGAAAAUCUCAUUUUCUUUGCCUCCAAGUUUUUCAUUUUCCGAUCACUGUUUUCUAUUUUAGAGAGGGAAAGAAAGAGCACUAUGAUUUCCAACCAAGUUGACGACUCACCAAGAUCAUGAAGAGUCUGGUGAUUGCAGUGGAAUUCUGUUCAUCUGGUUUUUGAAACUUUGCAAGCCAAGAAUCUCAAACCGAAUUCAGAUUCUACAAAUUUACCUCUUUCAUCAUCAGCUUGCUAUUACAUAUUUGAAGAUGAAGACAGUAAAUGAUUGCUCUUCGUGGAAUAGAAUUUUGAUCUUGAAACGAUCUGGUCAUCGCAGCGCAAUUCUGUGAUUACUCUCCAAAAUCUCCAAGCCUAGACUGAAAGUGUAACUUCAUCUAUCACAGGUUGCUAUUAAUACUGAAUGGCGGAGGUGGGAGUGUCGAUAGCAGCAAAACUUGCUGAAUAUCUAUUGGAUCCAACUUUACAGCAACUGCAAUAUUUGUUCUGUGUCGGCAAAAUCACCAGAAAUGUUGAGAUCAGAAAGGAGGAGCUGAUACUCAAGCAACGAAGGGUACAGGAACUUGUUCAAGAGGCCAUCAACAGGACUGAGAGGAUUGAUGAUGAGGUUGACAAGUGGAAGAAUGAUGUAGAGAGUCUCAUAGCAGAGGUGGAGAAAUUGGAGGAGGAACUAAGGGCCAACAAUGGCUGUCAUCGACGAUGGUAUCCUACUUGGAGGAGAUAUUGUCUCUGCAAAAAGCUGGCUAAGACAACCCAAAGGAUGAUUGAUCUAAACACAAAGAGUGAUCGCUUCAAUCCAUUUUCUCAUCCUGUUAUUAUUCCAGGUAUAGAGUAUCACUCUUCUAAAGGUUUUAUGUUCUUUGAGUCAACAAAAAAAGCACAUGAUGAACUAUGGGCAGCAUUGCAAGAUGAUGAUAGCUCUAUGAUCGGGUUGUGGGGGAUGGGCGGUUCAGGCAAAACUACAUUGGUAAAGGAAGUAGGAAAGAAAGUCAAAGAAUCAAAGCUAUGUGAUGAAGUUAUAAUUGCAACAGUUUCCCAAACUCCAAAUAUUAGGAAGAUUCAAGGUGAAAUUGCGGACUUAUUGGGACUCAAAUUGGAGGAAGAAACUGAAGUGGGAAGGGCAAGAAAAAUUGCAUUGAAAUUACAGAGUUCAAACAAACGAAUUUUGAUUAUAUUAGAUGAUGUAUGGGAUACGCUGAACCUUGAGGAUAUAGGGAAUCCCUAUAGGGAUGAAGGUCCAAGAAACUGUAAAAUUCUUCUCACCACACGUCGUCAAGAGGUGUGUACUAUGAUGGAUUGCCAGAAAACAAUUUCCUUGGGUUUGUUAACAGAAGGUGAAGCUUGGGAUCUAUUUCAAACCCAUGGUAAAGUAGAUGAUGGUGUUAGAAAAGUGGCUCAAGAAGUUGUCGCUGAAUGUAAGGGACUACCCAUUGCAAUUGUAGCCAUGGGGAAGUGCUUAAGAAGAAAAGGACUUGAUGAGAUGAAUGUAGUAUUGCACAGGUUAAGACAUUCAAAGCCACUUGAUGAGGAUAAAGCUUUUACUUGUCUAAAGUUAAGCUAUGAUUACUUGAGAACUGUAGAGGCCAAGUUGUUAUUCUUGGCAUGUGCCAUGUUUCCUGAAGAUCAUGAAAUCAAAAUUGAAGAUCUUUUUAGAUAUGGAGUUGGAUUGGGUCUAUGCAAAGAUGCUGACUCAUUUGAAAUAGCAAGGAGCCAAGUUAGAGCAGCUAUAAAUGUUCUUAUUGACUCUUCAUUGUUGAUGUUUUCUGUCAACUUCGGGAAAGAAAAAUAUGUGAAAAUGCAUGACAUGGUUCGUGAUGUAGCUUUAUGGGUAGCAACUCAAGAGAAUAGUACCAUUAUGGUAAACAAUGCAAAAGAAUGGAAUAACUUGAUUGCUGAUGAAGUUAUAAAAGAUUGCUAUGCUAUAUCUUCAUGGUAUGAUAAUAGUAGAUUAUUUCAAUCUUUGUCUCAACUGGAUGCUCCCCAACUUGAGUUUCUGUUGUUACAUUCGAUGAAACUCUUUGACGUAGUACAUGCAUCAUUUGAACGCACUACAGGACUCAAGGCAUUGAUUAUUACAUGCAUGAAUGGUCGGCAUAUGAUUGAGCUACAACCUCAAUCAAUUCAACACUUGUCUAAUCUUCGAACUUUGCGAUUGCAAGGUUGGUAUUUAGGUGACAUCUCUUUCGUGGUAACUUUGACAAAACUUCAAAUUCUUGAUUUGCAAAGUAGUUGUUUUGAAAGAAUGCCAGAUGGAAUUGAAAAAUUAAACAAGCUGAAGUUGUUAGAUUUGUCAAGUUGUAGGAUAGAUGAAUGUUGUUACAAAGUAAUAAGAAGCUGCUCACAAUUAGAAGAGUUGUAUGUCUCCAAACAUUCUCCACACUCAAAACAUGCAAAUUGCUAUGAAUACCUUGUGGGCCCCAGUGUUUUGAUGAAACUGAGAAGGUAUAACAUAGAAAUUGGAGGGGAUGGCAAGUACUUGGAAUUUCAUGAUCAAGGCACAAGAUCCUUAUGCUUAGGUCAGUUAAAUAUGUCUAUAUUAAGUGCAACAAUUAAGGAUCUUGCACGAAGAGCAACAAUGGUUGAAUUUUACGGGCUUGAGGGAGGUGGCAAAAGUUUCAUGCCUAAUAUUGUCCAAGCUACAGGAGGCAUGAAUCAGUUAACUAAACUCUAUCUUGAAAGGUGUUCAGAAAUCGAAUGCAUCACUGAUAAAACUACUCCUCAUGAAGAUGCUAUCGUCCCCAGAUUGGAUGAGUUAGUGCUAAAAGAUAUGGAUAAUCUUAAACAACUACAUUGUGGUCCUUCUCCUUUUAGCUUGCUCCAAAAGUUAGAACGACUAAGUUUAUUCAAAUGCCCUCAAUUGCUUCACUUAUUCCCUGCUGAUUGCAACUUAGGCAAUCUUAAGUUUCUCAAAAUUUCCACCUGUCCGAGGUUGACGUCUCUCAUCCCUGUAGCUGUUGCUUGCACUCUAUUAUCUUUAGAGGAGCUUCAAAUAGAAUGUUGCAAUGGAUUGAAGCAUGUAAUAAAGGGAGAGGGUUAUGCUGAUACUUGGGAGAAUGCGAGACUUCCGAAAUUGAACAUUUUGUUUAUUGAGGAUUGUUGCAAUUUAGAGUAUGUAUGCCCAGUCUUUUUAGCUCAAAGGUUUGAAAUGCAUCAUCUAUCCAUAAUAAAUGCUCCUCAGAUGAAAGCUGUGUUCGGUGAAAAUGCUAGUGAAGGACAACCAUUGCCGGAUCCAGGUGAGACUCAGCUAGUGCUUCCUUUUCUGGAACAUCUCAACCUAAGAAGUCUUCCAAAUCUUGUGGGAAUUUGCUCGGAGAAGUAUCAUCCAAGGUGGCCAUCUAUAAAAAUAAUAGAGUGGAGGGAUUGUCCAAAGAUGGAAUUACAGGAACUUAAGGGCCAUCAAUUGAGGAAUGAAGUACAAAUUCCAACACUUCAAUACAUUAAAGAACUAGCUUUGGAAAAUUGCACAAGAUUGAAAUUUGUCUUUUCUGCUCAUAUUUGUCAAAGUCUUCCAGAGUUAACUUCUGUAAUCAUAUCUCGCUGUGAGGAGUUGGAGGCAAUUUUUUUGAGGAAUGAAGAGACUCAAAAGAAUCCAUCCAUUUCUGAAUCCUCUCUGCUAAAAUUGAAAAGCUUGAAAAUAUUUAAGUGCAACAAGCUUAAAUUUGUUUUAUCUUUCAUGAUCAAUGCUGCUACCUUGAUGCUUCCACAACUAUGCACUCUAAUCGUAUCAGAUUCUUCGCAAAUGGAAGAAAUUUUCAAGUGCUCAAAUAGUGAAGAUAAUGAUAUUGACAAAAAAAGGGAGAUUACAUUCCCAAACAUGGCAUAUGUGGAACUUAAUAAUUUGCCUAGACUUGUGAAUGUCUGCCAAGGGUUUAAGUGGUUUAAGUUACACACAAGGGAGUCUUGCAUAGUUAAGGUUCACGGCUGCCCAAAACUUUUUCCAGUUAUGAGAGCAACCAUUAAUUGGACUAAAGGGAGACUUGUAAGGGAGUAUGAGUUGAAAGGCAGCCAAUUAAAUAAUAACAACGAGGCUCUCAAUCUUCCACUUUCUAUUCUAAAUGCUGGAGAGCUUGAUAUUCAAAGUCCUAUAGUAGAACACAAUUGGCGAGUCAUUGGUGAUGGUCAAGAGCAAGAAGAAACCAACGGCUUAAGUCUUGUUCCCACACAAGUUUUGAGCUUCCAAUAUGUUCAUUCCUUAGAAGCAACUCACAUUAAAAAAUUGAAGUUUCUAUUCUCAAUGAGCACUAUUGUCAACAAAGGCCUUCCCAAAUUGACUUCCUUAACCUUAUCUGAUUGUGAGGAAUUGGAGGUGAUUUUUGGACAUAGUAGGGCAGAGGAUGCCAACGACAACAGUGAGACAAUUGUGCUUUCAAGCUUGAGGAAAGUGUGGCUAACGAAUUUGCCAAAUUUGAUGAGUGUUUGUCAAGGGUCGCAGUUUCAGGGGCAGCUGAGCCACAUCAGCAUACGCAACUGCCCCAAAUUUUUGGAUUCAAGUUUGGGAAGAGCUCUUCAACAAUUGGGAACAAUAUUGUUUCCGCAGGUUUCAACCGAAGAUUCCAAUGUUCGAACUUCAUCAAAUGGAGAAGAACCAUUGGCUGGAAAUGAAGAAAAAGGGAUGAUCUUGAUUUCAAGAGUAGAGCAUUUGUCUGUGGAGGAUUCAAUCAACCUCAUAUCCAUAUGGGAGGAUCCCACUUUCAUCAUCUUCCAAAAUCUUGAGGAGUUAGCUGUGAUUAAUUGUGGAAAACUGAAGUGUAUAUUCUCUAGCACCGUGAUCAGAAACCUACCAUGUUUAAAGAGUCUGCGCAUUAAAGAAUGUGAAGAGUUGGAGGAAAUGAUGUCAUCAGAACAUCACUUUCCAGAUGCAUCCUCAAGUUCCUUCUGCUUCCCAUUACUUGAAACUCUUGUUGUCUUUAGAUGCAGAAAGUUGAAACGCCUCUUCCCCUCUCUGCCCUCUACUCAACAUCAUCUUCCACAAUUGCGACAGAUGACGAUUGGAGAGUGCUCUGAACUAAAAGGACUUUAUAAUUGCGACGAACUUGAAAUCCAUGAGGAAGGCUUCAUCAACAACAAACUUCCAAACCUCACAUUUUUUCUGAUCAAGAAUUGCCCUGUCUUUUCCAACACCACACUUGCUGCUCUUGAAAGGCAGAUACGCUGUCGGCUGGGGUUAUUGCGAUGAAGAUAAUUUCUGUUACUAUGACGGAGGAGGAUAUGAAUGCGAUGGUGAUGCUUUGAGAUUGUGUCUGCUUCUUGUUCCUGCAUUAAAUUACGAAAGAGUUGCAAUUGUGCUUGUGAUAGUUGCCUUACAAUGUUUAAUAUUUGCUUCAUUUUUAUUUUUGAACACUUUGGUUUGUUGUCUACACAAACAAGUGAUACUUUCU